CGAGAACUGGGCCUUACCCGAGAUUUCCUCAGCUCUCAAUGUUCAGCGUCAUCCACUCUGCUCAUCUAUAAUCAUUUUCUCUGUUUACGAAGGAGGUCGCGCUAUGGCUGUGGACGAAAUUGGUGGAGAGCAUCGGAUAACUGCGCCCUUAGUGUUGUCUAUCGCAGGGACCGUUUGGUAUGCGGUGAUUUGGGGUAUGGGUCUGGUGGGAUGUAUCGCGGCUCGAAAGCGAUACAGACUACGUCCACGCUCACCUACGUCAACAGCUCCUGCAUCCUCUGCCCCUGGCGUUUCCAUCCUACGCCCUCUUCGAGGCUUGGACACGAACCUGUACGAAAACCUGGAGUCUGCGUUCCUCCAGGAAUAUAAUAACUACGAAAUCAUACUAUCAGUCGCAGACGAAAAUGAUCAGGCUCUGCCUGUCGUUCGGGACUUGUUAGCAAAGUAUCCGAACGUGAAUGCUAGGGUCAUCAUAGGCGAUGAGAAUGUCGGUAUCAACCCCAAGGUCAACAACCUCAUUCGUCCGUACCGCGAAGCCAAGCACGACAUCCUAUGGGUUCUUGACUCCAACGUCACUGUCGCUCCAGGAACCCUUGCUCGUGCCGUCGACAUUCUUCAUCCUCCUUCACCUUCACCCACCCCUUCUCGCCGUCGAAUAGCCCUCGUACACCACGUCCCCUUCGCCUUUGCUCACCAGCCGACUCUGGGCUCACGCAUAGAGGAAGCAUUUCUCAACACGAAUCAUGCGAAGAUGUACAUCGCCAUCAAUACCCUCGCCGUCGACUCUUGUGUCAUGGGCAAAUCUAACCUCUACCGUCGUUCGGACCUCGAGCGAGUCGAUGGCACGCUUAAACCGAUAUCCAAGACGGUGGACGAUGGACAGCCUCAUACGCGCGGACUGCUCGCGUUCGGUCGCUUCCUUGCUGAGGACAACAUGAUCGCGGGUGCAUUGUGGCACGAGCUAGAUCUUCGCCACGACCUUUCAUGCGACGUGGCCCACAAUGCUAUCGGGAACAUGACACUCUCCGAUUAUGUAUGGCGAAGGGUGCGGUGGAUUCGCGUACGAAAACACAUGACGCUCGCCGCUACGAUGACGGAGCCGCUCACGGAGACAUUCAUGUUGAGCAUCAUCGCCUCUGCAAGCUUCCGCUACCUCUUCGGCAUACCGCCAUGGCUAUUCCUACCUCUCCACUACGUUGCAUGGAUCUUCGUGGACCUAGACGUCUAUGCUUCCUUGGCCGGUUAUCCCCUUCCAUCAUCGAAACGAUGGCCAUUCCUCGCAGCAUGGGCUGCACGAGAGUUAAUGGCUUUCCCGAUAUGGCUGACGGCGGUUGUGGGGAAUGAGGUCGAAUGGCGAGGGAGAAAGUACCAGGUCCUGGCUAAUGGGCAAGUAGCGCGAUCAUCAGGUGGAGGUGGACUGUUCGGCUGGUUGAGAGUUGGAAGAGGGCGGCCAGAAGCUGAUGCUUAUGAGCCUUUGGCACAGAGCGACGACUGAGCUGUGAAUAGACCAUACUACUACUUCAUACUGCUGUGUAACCGACGUGUAGAACAUUGCUUGACGGGCCACCC